AUGAAGUCAUGGGGGCCCGUCAAGCAGGGACCCCAGCAGCUGGGGGAUGGCCGGCCUGGGACCAAGAAGCCAGGGUACCACCCAGAGACCUGGGAAGCCCUUGGUGUCCGAGCACCAUCUGGAGCCCGUGAGGGGCUGAAUGUGCUCCUGCUGCUGCUUCAGAGCUGUGCCAGCUACUUGGAGACCCUCAGUUCGGAGCAGACAGUGCCCCCUGCCAGGGCUGUGGGGCCCUGCAUGUCCGUGGGGCUCACGGUACGGCUCUUCUGGAACAGCCUGCUGAAGCUGGGCAUGCUCUACCAGCAGAUGCUCUCCCAGAAAAGGGCAGCCCAAGGAGAGACCCCCAUCUGCAAGCCCACAGCCAAGGGCGAGCCCACCAGGAGCCCCGAGUUUGUGACCGCCAAGUUCAUCAAGCCCCCCUCCCCAAUUCCAGGCCUGCCCCAGACCUGCAAAGAGCCCAGCAGCCUCUCCGUGCGCGUCUCCCUGCGCUCUCCCGGCAGGACCACGGAGGGCACCCGGAGCGUCCCCUCACAGACGGUGGAGACCGCCCUGGUGCCCUGCGACGCCUGCGCCAGCGUGCAGGGCAGCCUGCGGGAGGUGGGCCGGGCGCUCAUCGGCCUGUGUCAGAGCCAGAACCUGCCCUCGUCCUUGGGCCACUUUCAGCAGCUGGUGCAGGAUGCCAUGGGGCUCAGGCCACUGCCGGCCGCCACGGCGCUGCAGCAGGAGCAGAGGCAGCGGCGGUGGCAGGCGAGCGAGGCCCAGCAGCAGCUGGCCCAGUGGGAGCAGGACAAGCAGCAGCUGCUCGCAGAAACAAGUGAGCUCAAGAGUAAGGUGGCCGCCCUGGAGAGGGAGCUGGAGCAGCAGCAGGAGUCCACACAGGCCGUGGAGGCAAAGGCCCAGCAGCUGCAGGAGGAGGCCGAACGCAGGCUGGAGGCCGAGAGGCAGGUGCAGCAGCUGGAGGAGCAGGUGCAGCUGCUGGCCGGGAGGCUGGACGGGGCCAGCCAGCAGAUUCGCUGGGCCAGCACAGAGCUGGACAAGGAGAAGGCCCGCGUCGACAGCAUGGUCCGCCACCAGGAGUCCCUACAGGCCAAGCAGCGAGCCCUGCUGCAGCAGCUGGACAGCCUGGACCAGGAGCGUGAGGAGCUGCGGGGCAGCCUGGACGAGGCCGAGACCCAGCGGGCCCACAUGGAGGAGCAGCUGCAGAGCGUGCAGAGCGAGAGGGAGCAGGGCCAGUGCCAGCUCCAGGCCCAGCAGGAGCUGCUGCAGAGCCUGAACGGGGAGAAGCAAGGCCUGGAGCAGGUGGCGACAGAUCUGCAGCUGACCAUCUCGGGGCUGGAACGGGAGCUCGAGGCGCUGCGGGAGCGGGAGCGGCUGCUGGUGGCCUUCCCGGACCUGCACAAGCCUGUCGAGACCCAGAUCCAAAGCUCCGGCAACGUCAUGGACGACAUGGAGAGGCAGGUGCAGGCCAACGACAUCCGCAUCCGGGUCCUGCAGGAGGAGAACGGGCGGCUCCAGGCCAUGCUGUCCAAGAUUCAGGAGGUGGCCCAGCAGGGGGGCCUCAAGCUGAUCCCGCAGGACCAGCUCUGGGCCCGUUCCAGCCAGGGAAUCCAGGGAGCAGCACCCCCCGUCCAGGCCCAGAAAGUGUCCUCAGGGCUGCUGGGCAGGUGGCACUCACCUGGCAGCAGGGCAGCCAGUGCGGGCAGGAUCCUGCCGGGCCCGCGCCGGGCGUCGCCAUCUCCGCAGUCCUGCGGCAGAUCCAGCAAGUCCCCACUGGAGGAUGUGACCUACUCGACCACCUGUGCCCAGAACCCCAUCCAGGUCUUGGCCAGGCUGAGGAGGAGAAUGUCACCAAGCCGGGGCCCGGCCAGCCCGGCACACCAGCUCCAGGAGCCGCCCAUGUAGCCUGCAGUGGGUGGGACUAAAGGACGGGUAGCUGGCAGCCCACCCAACGUAAUAAAGCCACACCAUCUACCCACAGCGA